UGAGAGAUGUUAACUGCUUCUUUCUGUUAGUUACCGCAGCGGCAGUGGAGAGCAAUGUCAAUGUCGCCGUCCGUCAGCGCAGUGGAGUUGGAAAGCCACGUGUUCCCUCCGACGGUGAAAGCGCCUGGCAGCGCCAAGACGUUCUUCCUCGGUGGCGCUGGCGAGAGGGGCUUGGAGAUCGAAGGUAGGUUCAUAAAAUUCACGGCCAUUGGAGUGUACCUUGAAGACGCCGCCCUUCCGUCGCUCGCCGCUAAGUGGAAAGGCAAGACUGCCGAGGAGUUGGCCGACUCCCCUUACUUCUACAGGGAUAUUGUCUCUGGUCCCUUUGAGAAAUUGACACAAGUGACAAUGAUCUUGCCAUUAACGGGUAAGCAAUACUCGGAAAAAGUGGCCGAAAAUUGUGUAGCCUAUUGGAAAGCAAUCGGAACCUAUACUGAUUCAGAGGCCAAAGCUAUUGAAAAGUUCAUGGAGAUCUUCAAGGAUGAAAAUUUCCCUCCUGGUGCCUCUAUUCUUUUCACCCAAUCACCUAUUGGAUCAUUAGUGAUUACCUUCUCGAAAGAUGGAUCGAUGCCUGAGACUGGGAAUGUGGUAAUAGAGAACAAACAGUUAUCGGAGGCCAUCUUGGAAUCGAUCAUAGGCAAGCAUGGUGUUUCCCCUGCAGCAAAGCAGAGCUUAGCAUCAAGAAUAUCUGACUUGCUGAAGGAGACUGAUAAUGCAGCCCCCGUGGUACUAAAGCUCAAUCCCAAGCAUCAAUAUAAAGAAUAGGAGUCGCUCUGGAAUUCUGGUGACGCAGAUAAUUACCUAAUUGACGCAGCAACAGCAAUUCCAAUCACAAAUCUCUACGCAGUUGAGUGAGAUAUUAAAUAAAACAAAUAAAAAAUAAGUAGUUGUGUGCUUUCUGUUAUUUUGGCUUGGUAGCAUCAUCUAUUUUGAUCUGUGUAACAAGAAUGGUUCUGCCCUCUAUAAAGCUUUAUUCUGUUUCUGUUUGUUGCCUACUACAUGGAAUAAUAGCUAGAGGUGGAGAUCACAGAAGAUGCCCCUUUUCAGUUC